CAAAUAUCAUUAUUAUUUAUUUCUCUUUUUAUAAUUAUUUAAAUCUUUUUUCAAAGUAAAAAUGCCACUUCCAUUAACUGCCCGUAAAUCCUUAAGAGACAAUGAAGAACAUUUAAACAAAUCCUUGGAAUCAAUUAAAACUUCUUUAGCUGGUGUCGAAUGGACCAUUAACUUUGAUUGGGAUACAUUAUUUGAUAAACUCGAUGCCUCUACCCAAAAAAAUGUUGGUGAAACUUUUUAUAAAAAUUUAAGUCCAAAUAUUGCAAAAUGUAUUGCUGAAGCAUGUAAAGAUGAUUUAACAAGAGAGGCUUUAAUCGAAGCCAACUGUAGCAAGAUGGUUAAUGUUAUGAUUAACCCAGACCCAAAGAACACUGUAUAUUGGAAAUAUCAAUUUGAUGGUGGUAACCUCAAUUUACUUUUCAGAUCAAACUGCGCUAAUAUCAAUGAUGCUGCACACUUUAAAUUAUUCAAAAUUAUCCCAUCUGAAGGUACCUACUCUUUAGGCACCAGAUUAAACUUAAAGAACAAUCAAGAAAAAUUCGAUUUAGCUUUUGAAAAAUUAAAAGAUAUUACCAGAAGAGAUUGGUCAUUUGAUGAAUCAUCACUCGAAGCCACAUACCCAGCCAUCGACGAUAGUUCAAAAGAAUCAUAUGGUGAUACCUUAUCACAACUUUUAGAUGCUAUGGUUAAAAACAUUGAAAAAAGAUGUAAAGAUGAAGUUACAUGUGAAGCUUUUUCAGAAGCAACUUCAAAUGGUAAAAUUGUUUUUAGAAACGAUCCAAAACAAAAAACUUACUGGAGUUGGGCAUUCCAAAAUUCAGAUUUAGUUAUUACUUUUUCACGUUUAGUAAACGUUAACGACAAUGCCCAUUUUGAUUUUGUUAAAGUUUUACCAGUACCAGGUGUAUUCUCAUUAGCCACAAGAUUAAAUAUCAAAGAAAAUCAAGAAAAGAUUAAUACCCAAUACGAAAGAAUGAAAAAAAUUACCUCAAUGGAUUGGUCAUAUGAUGAGUCAUCCCUCGAAGAAAUUUACCCAACUAUUGAUGAUUCAUCAAAAGCUAGACUUGGUGACACUUUUGCUGAAAUUAUUAAAGUAUCAGUUGACAACAUUGAAAAGAGAUGUAAAGAUGAAACUACUUUAGAAGCUUUCGUUGAAGCAACUGCAAAUGCCAAAUUUGUUUUCAGAUUUGAUGCCAAACAAAAGAAUUAUUGGUCAUGGUCAUUCCCUUCAAAUGAUUUAGUUAUCACAUUCAGUCGUUUAGUAAACGUUAACGAUAAUGCUCACUAUGAUUUUGUUAAAGUUUUACCAGUACCAGGUGUAUUCUCAUUAGCCACAAGAUUAAACAUCAAAGAAAAUCAAGAAAAAAUUAAUACCCAAUUCGAAAGAUUGAAGAAAAUUACCAACGUCGAUUGGUCAUAUGACGAGUCAGCUAUUGAACAAAUUUACCCAACAUUUGAUGAAACUACCAAAAUUAGAAUUGGUGAUACCCUUUCUGAAAUCAUCAAAGCUUCAGUCGAUAAUAUUGAAAAGAGAUGUAAAAAUGAUAUGACUUUAGAAGCCUUUAUGGAAUCUACUCCAAAUGCUAAAUUUGUUAUUCGUAAAAAUGAAAAACAAGGCACCUAUUGGAGCUGGGACUUUAAUGGUGGCGAUUUAAAUCUUACCUUUAAGAACCUUGUUAACAUUAACGAUAAUGCCCACUUUGAUUUCGUUAAAAUUUUACCAGUACCAGGUGUUCUUUCGUUAGCCGCUAAACUCAACUUAAAGGAAAACCAAGAAAAAGUCACCGAGUACCUUGAAAAAGUUAAGAAUAUCACCAAAGUUGACUUUUCUAUCGAAGAAUCUUGUUACGAAGAUAUCUAUCCAUCAUUAGAUGAUUCAUCCAAAGCUCGUAUUGGUGAUUCUUUUGCCGAUGUCACUAAAGCUGUUACUGAAAAUAUUGUCAAGCGUUGUGCUGAUGAAAUGGUUAUGGAAGCUUUCCUUGAAAUGGUACCAAAUUACAAAAUCGUUUAUCGUUGCGAACCAAAACAAUCAACCUGUUGGGAUUGGAAAUUUAAUGAAGGUAACUUAGUUGUUUCCUUCUCUAAAUUAGUUAAUGUUAAUGAUAAUGCCCACUUUAAUUUUGAAAAAUUAUUAUAA